AUGAAAGAGGAAGGUGAUGCCAGAGAUAGAGCUGUGAGCGACCUUCGCGAAUUCGAAGCGCGAGCACGCGCGCGCCGUGUCGUCAAGCUGAAGGCUGUCAGGAACGAAAACCCCGCUUGGACGAAUAAAGUGACGACGGCCACUACAAAUUCGCUGCGCUUCAAAAGGGUAUUGCAUGUGUGUUUUUGCUUGAAGGACCCCCAAAAUCCCACCGAUGACGCGUUGAGUGAUCGAAUGUGUGAAAUGUGCUUGAAAAAUGCUGAUGGAUUUACGAUGCGGGCGACAUGGUUUGGGGCGCGUACAUUCGCGGAACUUAGGUCUCUUCUAGCGUCCGAGUGGUCCGACAGGGAAGACGAAUGUGGAUCAGAGCCUUCAGAGAUGUCUAUGCAGUGUCAGGCUUGGAAGAGUUCUUCGCGUUGGGAACGCGCUAGCGUAUCUGCGCCACUGCAGCGCGGAAUGCACCCCAAGAUAACCAAUGCUCGUCAUGGACGGUUUUGCAAGUGGACCAGGCGGCGAUUGAAGGCGGCUUAUGGGAGACAUUGCGGUCAGGAUCGUCAUAUCGACAGAGCAGGAUUGACUGGAGAGGUCGGAGAGUUGCCAUUUCCAGGCGUGGGCGCUCGAGAGCCAUUAGCGCCACCGCUCCGCUCUGCAGUGUAA